CAAUGAAGUUUUUAAUAAUAUUCUGUCUUCCUGUGGUUUUUGGAGCAGCUGUUCCACAAAAGAGAGUUCUCUUUGAUACGUUUUUGAACGGUGCUGAGGCACAAAAUGUAAUCAAUCAAUUAGUCACAUUCCUGUCAACUGAGGACAACGAGGCUAAAUGUGAACAAGAAUGCCACACCCUUAUCGCUAACCAGCAGUCUUUAGUACAGCAUCUGUGCCCAUUCAUGUGCCGUGCAGCCCAGCAAGCCCUUUCAGGAAUUCAUGCUGGGAAGCGCCUUGUGUUUGAUACCUUUCUCAAUGGCGAGGAGGCCAAACAUCUCGUUGAUCAAUUGGUGGAGCUACUUGCUACAGAUGAUAACGAGGUGAAAUGUGAAUCACAUUGUCACACUCUUAUUAGAAACCAACAGUCUGUGUUGCAACAUUUAUGUCCCUUCCUGUGUCACUCAGCUCAAACUGCAUUGGCGCACUUACAUAGCCCUAACACAGAUCCCACUGUUACUGGAAAGCGUCUGGUCCUUGACAAUUUCUUGAACACCCAGGAAACUGCCCAUCUAGUUGAUCAGUUGGUCGCUACCCUUGGCUCUGACGAAAGUGAGGCUCAGUGUGAAAAAGAAUGUCACGUGUUGAUCAGAGAUUCAACUUCCGUUUUCCAGCACAUGUGUCCGUUCCUCUGUCACUCAGCUCAAGCUAUUGUUAACAUGGGACAUCACAAUACCCCUCCACCAGCCAAACGCUUAGUUUUGGACACUUUCCUGAAUACCCAGGAGACAGCCCACAUUGUUGAUCAGUUAGUUGCCACCCUUAGCUCAGAUGAAACCGAGGUUGCGUGUGAGAAAGAAUGUCACGUGUUGAUCAGAGACUCAACUUCCGUUUUUCAGCACAUGUGUCCAUUCCUGUGUCACUCAGCCCAAGCUAUUUUUAACAGAGGACAUACCACCGCCGCUACCGCAGUCAAGCGUUCGAAUCCUUGAAAUUCCUACAAUUGAUCAACAAUAUUCUCUGGUAAAAACAAUUUAAUUUAGUGAAGAGUAUGUUUUGUAGUAGUGUAUUUUGUACUCAAAUUGCAGAAAUAAAACUUUUUUUUCCUUAUAAAA